AUGAAGUUGAGUGGGAAAGGACUGUGCACCGUCCUCUCCAGCACCCUCCUCUUCGUGUGCGCCCUGAGCGAAGUUGUCGUUGGAUUAAGAUGCGUCUCGCUGGGAUCUACGGUCAAAGCGCAUUUCCACCUCGGCGCCGCGGCCGGGGCUUUCUACUCCGGGAUACUUGUGGGCAUCGGACAGGGGCUGCUGUGCUCCGCGCUGCUGUGCUGCAUGGAGAAGCCCGGCUGCAGGAACCUCUUUCUCCUCGGGGUGGUGGUCUUCCUGCUGGGGGUGCUCACCGCCUUCUCCGGCGCGGUGGUGGACGGGGACGCGGCUUCCCUGGUGGAGAGGAAGUAUUCCCACUACUGCCUCCACCCCGCGGUGGUGGUGAACCCCGCCUGCGAACAGCUGAGGACCUACCAGCGGAGCCUGGUCAUCUCCACGGUGCUCAGCACGCUGGAGUGUCUGCUGGGGCUCAUCCACCUGGUGAUCAUCAAGCGGUACAAGACGGCGCAGUUCUCCCGGAGCAGAGCGUCCCAGCGGCAGAGCGCGGCGGGCAUCCUGUUCGCCGAGGACCGGGACUGCUCCUCGGCGGACUUCCAGCCGGUGUCCUACAUCAACCUGGGGGUUUUUAACGUGCUGGACGAGACGGGCGCGGAGGUGCAGUGCGGCGGGCACCCGUCCAUCGAGCUGCCGGGCUACGCGAGCACGGACCCGGAGCUCAACCACUGCUUCCCGUUCUCCUACCCGCUCCCCAGCGAACUUCCGCCCGCGUACGAGGACAUUUUCCCCGCUGAGGCAUGCAACACAUAG